CAUCAUGAAAUUUUGCUCGAAGGAAUCGCUCAGAAGACAUCUGAUGAUCCUUCUAUUAAGGGCCUACGUUUACAGCCCUCCAAAACCAGAAAAAGAGCCGAAAAAGGAACCGGAAAAAGAGCCCGAAAAGGAACCAGAAAAGAAACCAGAAAAAGAACCAGAAAAAGAACCAGAAAAAGAACCAGAAAAAGAACCAGAAAAAAAACCAGAAAAAGAACCAGAAAAAGAACCAGAAAAGAAGCCGGAAAAUGAAAAGAAAACUCCCGAGGAAGCUAAAGAAGCAGAGAAACCAGCAGAGGAUGUGACUGAACCGAAAACCGCGGAUCUACCAAAAACAGAGAAGCCAGAGGUACCAACUACCGAAGAAGCCAUUUUCGAAGAGAAGUUUUUCACGAUUCAAAUCUUUCACGUGACCCAUCUCUGUUGUCAAAUCCACAACUUGAAGUUGCUGCAACGAGGGGCGCCCAAGCCAGCUACGCGGCCCGUGAGGAAGAAGACCAUCGACGAUUGCCCCUUCGAUCCUCUAGACAUGAGAGAUCCUUGCACGAUCGAGCAAGAAGAGGGCGAUCUGAAGGAACCUAUCGAGACGCCAACAUGGUUGAAACUGAAUAAGAUCACUUGGGCCAAGGGGUUGACUCUCCCCCAGAAGAAGAAGGGGAAAGAAUUUACGGUAGGGAAGAUGCGGUGGCAUCAAUACGUCGUGGAAGAAUCGAACAAAUUGUUCUCGUUGUGGGGCGAGAUUCAUAUCACGGAUGGGAUGUUCGAGAGGGAGAAUCGUGGAAUGCAAACGUACGCUUGUUACGUGGUUUGCGCUGGUAUGACCAGAAUCAUGGCACCGGAAUAUUGGAGCUCGAAGAUCCUCGACGUGAUCGUUAUGUGCGGUGACAGAUAUUAUACGCACAGUAAAUUAGAAGCGGAGUUCAAGUCGACCAAAAAUGAAUACAGUCACGUGAAUUGUUGGAACAGAUACUUGAUGAGCCAUUUCAAGAUCGGCGAGACUAUGUUCGAGGCGAAGGUUUUGCCAGCGAUUUGCGGUAGAUUGUACGCAAAAUCGGGCAAAUAUCUGUGGCAAUCGAUGGAGCAGAUGUUCCUCAAGUACAAUUUUGGCAUUUUAACGUGCGAGAGCUCGUGUUUGGGUAUCUUCAAAUUCUGUGGAGCUUAUUAUAUGUGCGACGUGAACUCUUUGGGACCACCGUUGUUCAGUUAUGGUGAAGGAGCCGUUUAUCUAUUGAGAGCAACGUAUUUCUUGAAAUUCGUCACGGUUCUGGUAUUGACCAUCGGUUCACCGGAAUGCAGCCAAUUCGCGUUGAAUCCUAUCGAGAUAUUGAAAGUCGUGGAUGUUGGUCCAUCCGUAUUCCCCGUUACAAGAGACAAGAAGGAUAGGGGUAAAAGGAUACCCAAAACGGAGUGCCCGUAUGACGAAGAGAAGAAAAAACAAAUGAGAAGGUGGAAACACAAGAGGGCGGAAACAAUGCGAACGAUUGAUAAAUUGUGUUGUAAAAAUCAAACUGAUCGUUGAUUCUCUUUUAAAUUAUCUUGUUGUGAACGUGUACAUUUUGUUAUGUAAAUUUGUGAGAAAUGUAAAGAGUAAUUUAGUUCGAAUUCUUUAUGAAAUUGUCUCUAAAUUGAAUUAUUAUUAUUAUGAUACAUAUUUUAAUCUGAAAAAAAUAAAGAAUCGAUAU